GUACGUACUGUUUCAUGCGCCCCCCCCCCCCUCCUACAAUUGCGUCGUUGUCCAACAAAGACGACUACCAGCUCAGCUCAGGAGGCGACUUUCUAUUUUCUUUUCACCUUCACUUUCACCUUCUUCAUCCUCCACUUAUUGCUACGACUUUUCCUAUAGCUUCAUUCUGCUUUGCCGCGUUCUCUCCACAACUCCCACCACCUACGUCAAACACUCCACCAAAUCCGCAUACUUUGAAACUUACUAGCAUUUGAUAUUCGCUCGUUAUAUCAUCGACACUACCCCAGGGUCAACAUUCUCUUCCCACUCUGCUUGCCACUUCGUACUUCUAUCCCCAGCUCCAUCUGCUACGUCAGACGGAAUCGCUUCAACCGUUGCGCUUCCACGUGCUUUCGUUUUCGGUCCAGGAUACGAACAACCCUUCACGGCCUGCAUCCCAACUACGCAGCCCACGGCAAGGAUCAGAGGGAAGAGCUGCUUCCUAUAGUGACAACACUUGCAUAAUACAUACUCCGGUCUUCAGCCGGCUGUACCAACACCGCACAGCACUGUCCGGCGCUAUACACGCGACCAACACGGCUUCCUUCAUCCUUCUGUGAGCUGGUCUCGCUAUUCGAUGUCCUACCAAUCUAGAGAUCCAUCGCCUAGACAAGGGGGAUUUAUACCACUCUCAAAUGCUGCGUCAAAGGAGACGCUACGCAACUACGACGCCAUGAACUUCGAAGAUAUCCCCAUGACCAAAGUCAAAUCCAAUGCCAGUUCGGCUUGGCAGCAGCGUGAUGGCCAGAGCACCUAUGGCAACGACGGCGACGCAUCUGGCUCGCGACUUGCCCCGCCCGCCAACCAUGGUCACCACGGCCGACGAAAGCUGAAGAAUAUAAACUCGAGACAAUCGACAAACCAGCAGUCGGUGCUGACGGGCAUGGGAAAGUUUUACGACAAGAUCGUCAACUUCUCCAUCGUCACCCGCUACCUCGUCUACGUCCUCCCCGUCGCCGCCUUGAUCGCAAUCCCAAUAGUCAUUGGCGCUACCGUCGCCCCGGAUGCGAAGAUCGGUGGAAUCCGCCUCUUGUGGUUCUUUGUUUGGAUCGAGUGCGUCUGGCUCAGCAUCUGGAUCGCUAAGCUCUGCGCCAGGAACCUCCCAUACAUCUUCGUCUUCGUCUGCGGCGUCAUCAGCCCUGGCACACGCAAAUAUGUCCUGAUCCUGAAGAGACUGGAGAUUCCCCUCUCCCUCGUCGGCUGGGCCGUCGCAUCCAUCGCCACGUUUGAGGCGCUCAUCAAACGCCCUGAUAACGCUCCCCAACACUGGGUAGAUAUCAUGAAGAAGAUCCUGGCCGCGGCCCUCAUCGCAUCCUGCAUCUACCUCGUUGAGAAGGUGAUUAUCCAGCUCAUCAGCAUCAGCUAUCACUCGCGCUCCUUUGAUCUCCGUAUCCAGGAGUCGAAGCACCAAACACAUCUUCUCGGCAUUCUCUACGAUGCAUCCCGUGCCCUGUUUCCCCUCUACUGCCCCGAGUUUGCUGAGGAAGACUACCUCAUCACUGGCAAUGUCGACAGUAUACGUAUUGGCAAAAAGGCAUCAGGCGCUGCGACCCCCAUGAGGCUCAUGGGCAAUGUGAACCGCAUUGGUGACAAGAUCACCUCGGCAUUUGGGAAUGUUGCGUCUGAGAUCACAGGAAAGAAGGUCUUCAACCCUAACUCUGCCCAUUCCAUCGUGCUGGAAGCCCUAGAGAAGAAGAAGUCCUCCGAGGCGCUGGCCAAGCGUCUGUGGAUGUCUUUUGUCAUCGAAGGAAAAGAGGCACUGGGCAUCGAGGAUAUCCAAGAGGUCCUCGGCCCUGCGCACACGGAGGAGGCCGAUGAGGCGUUUGCGUAUAUCGACGCUGAUAACAAUGGAGACAUUAGUUUGGACGAGAUGAUUGCCAAGGUUGUGGCGAUGAGCCGCGAGCGCAAGGCCAUCGCGAACAGCAUGCACGACAUCGGAGAUGCUAUUUCCGUGCUCGACUCCGUCCUCGUUGCUGUUGCCUUUGUUAUCAUAAUCUUCAUCUUUGUCGCCUUCCUCAACGCCAGUUUCGUGACUACGCUUGCGACCGCCGGCACAACUCUGCUCUCGCUCUCCUUCGUCUUUGCGGUGACUUGCCAGGAGUUCCUCGGUUCCUGCAUCUUCCUCUUCAUCAAGCACCCCUACGACGUCGGAGACCGCGUAGACAUCAACGACAAGCCCCUCAUCGUCGAGCGCAUCUCCCUCCUCUACACAGUCUUCAAGCGCAUCGACUACAUGAAGAUGGUGCAAGUCCCCAACAUUGUCCUAAACACCGUGUGGAUCGAGAACGUCACACGCUCCAAGGCCAUGAAAGAGCAAAUCGAGCUCUCCAUCUCUUUCGACACCAGCCUCGAAGACAUCGAGCUCCUCCGCACCGAACUCGAAGCCUUCGUGCGCCAACCCGACAACAGCCGCGACUUCCAAGAGGACGUCGUCCUCGAAUGCGCCAGCGUCGGCACCAUGGACAAGCUCGUCCUCAAGGCCGAGAUCCGCCACAAGUCCAAUUGGGCAAACGAAUCCAUCCGCGCCUCGCGCCGCUCCAAGUUCAUGUGCGCCCUCGUCCUCGCCGUCCGCAAGGUCCCCAUCUACGGCCCCGGCGGCGGCGUAACCGCUCUCGGCGAGCCUGGAAACCCAUCUUACUCCGUCGCCGUCUCCGAUGACCUCGCCGCCGAAGCCCGCGCCAAGGCUGCUGAGGAGAAGGAGGCAAAGCGCCUCGUGCCAACCCCCAAGCCGGACGCAGAUAAAUCGACGGAACCGGGAGCCACGGUACCGGAAUCUGGCGUCCUGGGCGCUACCCACGAGGCUGCUGCUGCGGCAGCGAUGAACGCGCGCCGUUCCACGGAUACCAGGCUAGACACCCAGCAGAGGGGUAGAGGCGACGCCCUCGACCGCGCACGCAGCAGCGUCAUCGAGGACCUACGCACGGACCUCCUCCACCGCGCCAGCACCCGCGGCCGCCGACGCGCCGACAUGACCGCCUUUCCCCUCCAAGUCGGCACCAGCGGCGCCAGCAUCGGGUUAACCCCCAGCAGCCCCCUCCGCCACCGCGCGGACGAGGACGAGGAGGCUAAGGUGGGUGGUUAUGGAGGGUAUCCCGCGUCGCCGGUGUCUUCGGCUCAAGCGCAGCAGCAGGGGGCGGGGUUUCCGGCGCAGGCGCAGACGUAUCCGACGCAGCAGCAGGGGCCGGGGGGGAGCUAUGCGCAGUUUCCGGCUGGGACGGCGGGGCAGGGACAGGUGGGACAGCAGCCGGCGCCGCCGAGGAAGGAUGAGAGGUUUUAG